AUGAUGGUUUCCCGAACGUAUUUAUUUUUGAUUGGAAUAAUUUUUCGAAUUAAUUUUGUGUGCCCUAUCGCUGAAAUUGAUGAAAACGAAGAAGUACUACAUCUGAUUGGAGAGCCGGACUUUCGCGACGUAAGACUGCGGUGGGAGUACGGAAAACCCGACGAGGAGGACCGGCCGAAAGUUUUGGCGUUCCAAGUGCAUUACUGCGAAUUACAAGCAUGGGGCCAGUACAGAUGCAGAACAAAGGUAAUUGAUACAAUGGAAGAAGAAAAGACUACGAAACCAUCUACGAGCACGACGGAAGCGACAGCCACUACAACCCAUCCCCUCGGUGCAAGGCGCGGGCGCAUGUAUAGCACACGCAUAAUCGGCUUGCGGAUGGCGACCACAUACUCCUUCGAAGUCAGACCAGUCCAUCGAGAUGGUCGAGAUUUAGCUGAUCCAGAAUCUAUUAGUUCGAAAAUUAUAAUCGUUCCCACUAAAGGAUUUUCAGCUCGAGCCACCCAAUGUUUGCCACACGCAAGUGAAGUUGAGGUCUCUACGGGUCCCUUUUUCGGAGGACGUAUCGCUGUAGAAGCAGCGGAUGGCGGUCCUGAGAGAUGUUCCAUUCAAGGCAACCCAAACAGUGCACAAGAUGCGUACAUAUUGAGGAUACACCACGACGAGUGCGGUUCAGAAGUUAACGACACCACUGUCGCUACCUACGUCAUCGUGCAGGAAAACUUGCCCAUACUGACGCAUAGCACAAGACGAUUCCUAGUUCUCUGCACUUAUAAACCCGAGACUUUAACAGUUCGAGCUGGAAUCAACUUGCCGAAAUCUAACCCUGGAGAUGUGCUCCAUCACCACAAAUCUUCAAGUGGAUCCGUCGAACCUUACGAGAAUCAAGACAUGGACUACAAUGAACUACAACCAGCCAGGCUUGAAGCGAGAAAGGAGGAAUCAGAACAAAGUGCGUUCGGUGAGGUCAGUUUGGUGAUGUUUUUAGUAGUGGCUGCGUUUGGCGGCAUCGCUCUAUUAAUAUGGAAGGUGGUACCGCAAGCUGACAGAGACAACAUAUCUAUUGCCACCGUCUCAUCUCUAGCACGAAGCGGGAUCUUCAGUAGGCGGAACAGAGAUCGAUUUUCAGACCAAAGCUCGGUAUAUUCGAUUUCAUUAUCGGAAAAAGAUGAAGGAACACCUAAAAAACCUAAUGAGGGCGACAACACGUCUGAGGCGUGA